UGAGUCGGUGCAGCGAGUGGACAUUCUUCCCUUUAAAACAUCUGGCUACAAGAGGAUGUUUUGGGAUGUUGCCUAGUGUGUCAUCCCUCCCCCUAUAUAACGCAGGUUAUGAACUCUAUUAAUAAACCGCAAUUCUGAAUUUGUGCGCUCAGCCCAACGCAGACACGAUUCCUCAUGGGAACGGACCCUGAACGCACAAGAGAGACAUACAGCUGAAAUAAGAACGCACUACAGCUUUUACUUCGUGGAGAUCAACCCGUUACUUUACUUCAGUUUUCAUUAUAAAUACAUUUUGUGGCCGUACCUCGCAGGGGAUGGGCUGCGCAAUAUCAGGUCUGGGCUCGGCACCGAAACCAACUGGAGAGGCGAAAGAUGAGGAAGCCACCGCCACACACCUCAACGAGGAGCAAAUCGAAAUGAUCAAGGAGUCUUGGAAAGUUAUCCAAGAGGAUAUCGCGAAAGUUGGAAUCAUUAUGUUUGUAAGGUUGUUUGAGACCCAUCCGGAAUGCAAAGAUGUUUUCUUCCUGUUUCGAGAUGUGGAGGACCUGGAGCGUCUACGGACCAGUAAGGAGCUUCGAGCACAUGGGCUGCGGGUGAUGUCCUUCAUUGAGAAGAGCGUGGCCAGACUGGACCAGCUGGAGAGGCUAGACCAGCUCGCCCUUGAGCUGGGGAAGAGCCAUUACCGAUACAAUGCUCCACCAAAGUACUUUGGGUAUGUGGGGGCGGAGUUUAUCUGCGCUGUCCAGCCAAUUCUGAAGGACAACUGGACGCCUGAACUGGAGGAAGCGUGGAAGGCCUUGUUCAUGUAUGUGACCAGUAUCAUGAAGCAGGGCUACUUGGAGGAGGAGAAACACAAGCGCAACACCCUGGUUAUCUCCAGCAGGGAGAGGCCGGAAAAGAAGAGCACAGCCCUGUAGGAGUCUGCCAGAGGAGAGCUUCCCAAUGGCUGUCGCCCCUAGAGACUGUGACCAAUCAGAGGAGAGACUGUCACGUGUAGCUUAGCUGUGUACAUAGUGUAUUUAUUACUUUUUAUUCAUUUUAAGUGGUGUACAUGUUUUCAUAGCAAUUAAAACUGCAGUUAAUUUCAAAAUUCAAAUAUUACUUCUUCCAAAGCCACACUUUGGAAGUCUUAAGAAUGAAAAUAAUAAUCAUUCCCUUUCAGAGCUGCUUCACUGGAUUGAUAAACAUCCUGCAGCUCCAGGAAUUCCUCUAAAAGCAAAUUAAUUACUUUGUAUUUAUCAGGAAGGCUCAUAUUUUAAUUAUUUUGAAAAUUCUGGUGGGUCUGACCAUGAAAUUCUCAGUACAAAAAAACACCAUCCACACAAUAAUUCAGCACUUAGUUUUGUUGUAUGUUACUCUAUUGCAAAAAUAAAAUGUUUGAUUAAAAAUGA